AGGAAGAGAUCUUGGAAUACGACCUCCUGGUCGGCUCUGAUGGUGUUCGCUCCAGGGUCCGUGAAGCCAUGAACAGCCAACUACCUCCAGGUCGCUUCGAAUCGGAGCUUCGCGUAAUGCCUGGCAGGUGGAUGGUGCUACGAUUGGAUCUGCCAGAAGGCUACAGCAAAAGCGGGGUUCACGCGAUGGUGGCCUCGGCCGCGCCGUUUGGACUCUUUUGCAUCCCCGACAAAGCGGGGCCGCACUGCGUCAUAGCCUCCUGGAGCUCGGAUGAGCCGCCCAAAGAGCUGCUGGAAGCCAAAAAUGCCCAGCAGCUCGAGGCGGUUUUGCUGCGUUAUUUUCCACAGUUGGGCCGCAUCCCUCGAGAGGCGGCAGAGGAGUUCUUAAGCAGCCAGCCUUCGAAGGCGGUGGUCAGUCGCUGUCGACCUCUCCAUGCGGCAGAUCAUGCAAUUUGUGUCUUGGGUGAUGCUGCCCAUGCCGUUGGCGGCGGCUCUCUGGGUCAGGGCUGCAGCGCAGCAUUGCAAGAUGCCGCUGCCUUGGCGGAAUGCCUUCAGGAGGGAGCCCGGCUGAAUCAAGAACUUCUUCGCACUGUGCAGCAAAGACAGGAGAAGGUACGGCAAGAGAGCCAGGAGUGGUUGCAAGUGCGGGAGGAAGCAGUUGUGAGUAGCUUGGCAGCCUUCUCCGAGCGCCGGGCCGAAGAGGCCUGGGCGCUGCUGGAUCUUAUCGAGCUGCAGAGCGCGGCGGAAGUGCGGGCCAGUGCGCUGGUCCAGGGUCCCUUGGUCUUCGGUUUCUUCAUCGAGCAGUUGGGCCGCGGCACUUUGCGCCCGCUGGCCGAUCUGGGCGGUCGCUUGUUGGACGAGCGGCUGCGGAACAACUGGCGCAGCAGUUCCAGUGAAGUCAGUCAAUUCGUGACGCACCUGCAGAUGAAACCAACGAUGAACUUCUCUCCUGGGGUGCUGAUUUUCCUAAUUGAGCAGUUCGUGCUGGGAAUUUGGAAGGCGAUGCUUGACAUUUUCGCCAGGCUGCAGCCACCCAUGCAGACAGCCCUGAUGUCCACUGAUGAGUCAUACUCUCAAUUGGUGGGUCGAAAUCAAACCUGGUUGGCCCUACUUCGAUCUGCAAAGGCUGCGGCCGGGGUCACCCGAAUUUCCAGCCUUCGCAAGAUCAAGGCCUUUGCGGACGCACCCGAGGAGGUGUGCGCCUUGUUUGUUCAGAACUUCACGGAGCAAGAACGACUUCAGGAUGAUGUGCUGUUGCGACAGUCAGCUCCAGUCGAUCAGCAGAAUUUCUAUGCCAUCUUGGCUGGAAGCUGUGAAGUCAAACGCGAUAAGAAGGUGGUGGCCCAGCUGACGGCAGGCGACUCCUUUGGUGAAGCCGCGGUGCUGCUGCAGGCGCCCAGUCCCAUCAGCAUCAAGGCGACCAGUGAUCUUCAACUCUUGGUGAUGAAGGGCCAGGUGUUCUGCGAGCUGAUGGAGAAGACGAACUUCUGUCUCUACGAUGCCAUGGAAGCUGCGGCAGAACGCUACGGCAUGAGCUUUCAAGAGGUGGUGACUGAACAGGAGGAUGGCCGCAAGAGGGUCCGAGGCCUGUUGGAGGAGGCGGUGGAUAGCCUUGCCAUCACUGGGGCCCAAGCUGUUGGGCAUGCCGUGACGCUGCCGGAUCUGGAUGGCUUGUUGGGCACUGUUGGGGUGGAGUCCUAUGUUCAAGGAGAUUUGGUGGCCCUGGGCUGCCAAAAGCUACGCGUCCUCGAGCAGGGGCAUUGCAACGUGGUGCGGGGCGGGCGCACCAUCAGGACCUUGCAGGCCGGCACCUUCUUUGGCCCUGAUUUGGCCGCAGACGAGCGCGUGGUUGCCGGCAGUGACGAAGUUCGAGUGUGCAGUUUUAGCAAUGAAGCCGUGACUUCAAUGGGCCUUUUAUUGAACCGGCAGUCCAGCUGACCAGGUCAGCUUGAUUCCCCCUUUCAGGGACAGUUCAGGAACUGGAAAGCUGUGCGGUCUCCUGGG